UGACAAAACUAACUGAAGAUUUAAUUUAGAAUCGAGAAAUUUAUUGAACCGUGAAAAGGUUUAAUCGGUGUGAACAAUAGAAAGAAGUGUUGAUUAAAAAGAUAUAAAAAAGGAACUUUGAGUUGAAAGUUCAGUGAAUUUCAAAUCACAGAAUUUGUCGAAGUGAAACUUUUUUUUUCUACUUCAACACGAUUAAUUAAAAACUUUAUUUUUUACUACGUUUCAAAAGAAACAUUUUCGUAUUCUACUCUGUGAAAUUUAUUGCCGUGACAGGAGCGUCAGCGAAUAAGAGUUUUUGACUUCAACGAAACGAGAGAAAUAACCGAAAAAAGUGGACAUUUCUGGACGAAAUUUCCAUUCGAAGCGGGGAUUACAAUAAUAUCACGUCAAUAAACCAUUCAACACACAUUUAAGCAUCAGAUUUAGUGCUUCAAACAGUGUGAAAAAGAGAGAGAAAAAGUCUCUUGUGGUAAAUAGCAAAAGACAAGUAAGAAGAAAAAAAGAACCCAAAAGUCAGCCAAAAUGUUUGCGGUAAUGAGAAUCGAUAAUGACGACCGUCGGUCUGAUUUCCGUCGUAAAAUGCGACCAAAGUGCGAAUUCGUGUGCAAGUUCUGCCAGCGACGUUUCACUAAACCAUACAAUUUGAUGAUCCACGAGCGCACCCACAAAAGUCCUGAAGUCACAUUCUCCUGCGAGAUCUGUGGAAAGUACUUCAAACGUCAAGACAACUUACGUCAGCACAGGUCUAUUCAUUCGGAUUCGUACGGCAACACUAACUACAAUUGUUGCAAUUGUAGAUCAUAUUAAGGCAUCAAAGCAACGACACAGAUCAUCAGUAAUUAAUUUUAGUGUUUAUGGAGUGUCUUAAUUUGCCUUUAAGUAUUAGUUUAUUAUUAUUUACAUCAAUUUCGAAUCAGCCGCUGUGUGACUAUCACCUUUAAGCUGUCAGUGUACAGUUGUGAUCUUCUAUUAAGCGUCAUUCGAGAGUUUACUUAAACAUUUAAAUAGUUAUUGACUUUAAUUUAUGUUAAUAUACUUAUCAUAAAAAAGAUUUUUUUUCAAGAAAACAUUUUUGGCUUCGAAUUAAGAUUAAAGAUGAGAUAGCGCCACUAAAUAUUUUUAAACUAUUGAGAAGUAAUAAGGAGUCUUUAUAAGAGCUUAAUAAAAGUUCUUUAAGAUUUAAAUAAUUAUAUCCAUCAGACAAAAUGCAAAUGACUUCAGAAAAAGGAAUCGUGUGGGGGUUAUGGAAGAAUUUUUCAUUGCAACACGCUCACUGAAUAUUUUUUACUCCAUUUCGCUAAGGUAAACAGACAUUAUUAUGGAUAAUUUGUUAAAUAAUUUUCAUCUUCAUUCUCUUCAAUGUUUACA